AUGCUAAGUGAUUGUGGGAUGCUUGAGUUUCCAUACACUGGAGACAUGCUAUCAUGGGUUGGUAAGAGAGCAGGAAGAGUAACUGUUAGAUGUCGUCUGGAUAGAGCAGUAGGAAAUGCCGACUGGCAUGAAAAGUUCCCUCAUUCGAAGACGAAGUAUAUGAGGUUAUGGGGUUCAUAUCAUCGUCCGAUACUUGCUGAUAUCCUCAAAAAACCAUCCCGGAGAUCGAGGAAAUUUAAGUUUGACAAAAGAUGGUUGGACAAUGAGGAACUGAGACAAGUUAUUUUGGAGGGAUGGAAAUCCCCAGAUCUCCCUCCCAAUGCGUCUAUAAUGGAACAUAUUUCCAGCUGUAGGAAAGCGUUGAGUGAGUGGAGGAGACAAAAUAAUAUAAACUCUGCAAAACUGGUGGAAGAGCUUAAAGAAAGAGUGGAGGGGCUAUAUGCAGAUGACGAUGCCACAACAGAGCAAAUUGCAGCAGCUUUGAAGGAGCUUUCUGAUGCUCUUAAGGCAGAAGAAAUGUUCUGGAAACAAAAGAGUCGUGUAUUUUGGCUAAGGGAAGGAGAUCGCAAUACGAAAUUUUUCCACGCCUUAACGAAACAAAGGAGAGCAAGGAACAAGAUCACUCAGCUUCUGGGUGAAAAUGGAACUAUUGUGGAAGAUGAAGAAGGAUUAGUAGCCAUUGCUACUAGUUAUUUUAGACAAAUCUUUGAGUCUACUAAUCCACAGGAUAUUAAAGAAGCUUUAUCUGAAGUUCCUACGACAAUAACGGAGCCAAUGAACGAAAGCCUUACAGCACCGGUAACGGAGUGGGAGAUCAAACUUGCACUAUUUGCUAUGCAUCCAGAGAAAGCACCGGGGCCAGAUGGGAUGACUGCACUGUUCUACCAGAAAUUCUGGGAUAUAGUAAAGGAUGAUUUAACUCUUAUGGUUAAUAAGUUCCUUACUGAAGGGAUAAUGCCCGAUGGAUUGAAUGAAACUAAUAUUUGUCUCAUCCCAAAGACAACAAAACCAAGUGAUAUGGCUCAGUUUCGGCCUAUUAGUUUGUGUAACGUAAGUUACAAGAUUAUCUCUAAGGUCCAAUGCCAGAGACUCAAGAAAGUGCUGCCAGGAUUGAUAUCGGAAACGCAAUCAGCUUUUGUUGCUGGAAGACAGAUUUCUGAUAAUAUUAUGAUUGCUCAAGAGAUGUUCCCUGCUCUUAGGACCAAGCCAAGCGGACGCAACAAGAGAAUGGCUAUUAAAACAGAUAUGAGCAAAGCCUAUGAUAGGAUGGAAUGGUCAUUUAUCGAAGCAAGGAUUAACGCAACUACAAGGCAAGAGAUCAAAGAUGUACUUGGAAUUCAGAAUGAUGGAGGGAUGGGGACUUACUUGGGUAUUCCAGAAGAUAUUAGUGGUUUAAAAUGCAAGCUCUUUGCCUACCUAAAAGACAAACUAAUGCAUAGAGUCAAUGGCUGGACUGGUCGAUGGCUUUCGAAAGGAGGAAAGGAGGUAUUGAUCAAGUCCAUUUUGCUUGCUCUUCCGACGUAUGUAAUGUCUACUUUCCUACUCCCAUUGGAGAUAUGUGAAAACCUUGCCAGCGCUAUUGCCCAAUUCUGGUGGAGCUCAAACCCACCAAAGAGAGGAAUACACUGGUCGAAACGGGAAAAAGUUUUCCUACCAAGAGAAGAAGGAGGAAUUGGAUUCCGGAUGAUUCAUGAGUUCAAUCUGGCAUUACUGGCGAAACAAUUAUGGAGGUUAGCACAGAACCCGGAUUCGUUGGUCGCCCGUGUAUUACGAGGAAGAUAUUACAGACUAAGCUCGCCUUUACGAGUAAAUUCUGUAAACAGCCUUUCUUAUGUUUGGACUAGUAUCUCCGCUGCGAGAGAGCUUUUGUUGCUGGGGAUAAGACAGAAGAUACACUCUGGUUAUAAGGUUAAGAUGUGGGAGGAUCCAUGGAUUCCAUUGAAUCCUGCUAGGCCAGCUAUACCUAUAGCGCCAGUUAUACAUCCAAAUAUGAGAGUGAGUGAUCUUAUUAAUCAGGAGUUGAAGGAAUGGGAUGUUAAUCUACUGGAACAAUAUGUCAGCCCUGAUGACAUACCCCUUAUAAGGAGUUUAGCCAUAAGCACAACUCAUAGGCUUGACACAUUUUGCUGGAACUUCACAAGACAUGGACAAUAG